AUGGAGCGCCAACAGGUUGGAUCUUCUUCUUCUUCUUCUUCAAGUUAUGAUGUAUUUAUCAACUUCAGAGGCGAAGACACUCGCAAUACCUUCGUUGGUCACCUUUAUAGGGCUCUCAGGGGUCGUGGAUUCCAUGUUUUCAUUGACAACAAAGAUGUGCGGAAAGGAGAAGAUAUUGAGCCGGAGCUCCUCGAAGCAAUAAAAGGAUCCAAGCUCUCCAUUGCUGUCUUAAGUAAAACAUACGCAGAAAGCAGAUGGGCUGAUCAAUCAGAGCUAAUCGAGAAAGUUGUUGAAACUGCUUCCAUUCGACUGAAUAGGGUCCCCUUGAUUGAUGUUAAAUACCCUGUUGGAUUAGAAUCCCGUAUAGAAUCUUUGUUAUCUCUACUAUCAAAUACCAGUUCUGAGGAUGUUCAGUUUCUAGGGAUAUGUGGUUUGGGUGGUAUUGGGAAGACCACCAUUGCAACAGCCUUCUACAACCGCACCUUUAGAAACUUUAGCAAGAGCUGUUUUGUUCAUGACAUUAAACAGAAAGCAUCACAACCCAAUGAUAUUCUUCUCAUCCUCGAUGAUGUGGACAAUCAUACCCAAUUAGAUGCAUUGGCUGGUGAUAUCAAUUGGUUUGGUCUUGGAAGUAGGAUAAUUAUAACAACUAGAGAUCAAAGCAUUCUUGGUAGAGUUCCUCAAAAUAAUAGAAAAGUUUACGAGCCUAAAGAAUUGAAUGCAAAAGAGAGUCUUCAACUCUUUAGUUCUUAUGCUUUUUAUAUGGACCAACCUCCUGAAGAUUAUAUGCAACUUUCAAUUGAUAUAGUACACACGACAGGAGGGUUGCCUUUACCCUUGGAGGUUUUGGGUUCUGAUUUAUCUAUGACAAAAGAUGAAGAAGUAUGGAAAAGCAUGCAUCGGAUUUUGAAACAAGUUCCUCAUAAUGAUGUCUAUACAAAAUUAAAGAUAAGCUAUGAUAAUCUGCAAGAUGAUAUUGAGAAAGCCAUGUUUCUUGAUGUUGCAUGUUGUUGUAUAGAAAAUGAGUAA